CAACUUCACAGCAUCAACUAUCGAGGACGGCUCCCUCGUAGAUGUACAUCAGUGACAUCAUGGUACGUCCAACAUGAGUCUGACGCGAGUCUCCUGACGGCCAAGGUGAUCCUGGCGGCCAUCUCAACUUAGCAGUUCGACCUCCGGAGUGCUCAAUGUGGAGAGAUGCGGUGGUGGGGCGAAAGAUGGAGCUGAAAUUGGUAGGAUGAGCCGCGCUCAAGAUUUGAACAGGAACCGGACUCUCGUCGAUGGGACUUCGCCUCGCUUGCGACUUCGGCAGUGCUCUAUGGGUGCGAACUGCCAGGGUGGACUCGUUGUUGCCCCUCAGUCUCACUCCUCCCCCUCUCUGGUCUCCCACUUGAAUUCCUCCCUGCCUCCCCUCUUGCUUUCAUCCCGCAUUGUUGUCUCUGUCUUCUGAAUAUUCACCAUGUCUCUCCACCGCAACCCCCCUUUCCGCGUUGAGCAUCUCGGCUCUCUCCUCCGUACCGAUGAGCUUCUCAAGGUCAAGACCGCCUUUGAGAAGGGAGAGGCUACCCAGGCCGACCUCGAGGCCGUCGAGAAGAAGGACAUCAAGGAGGUGGUCGAGCUCCAGAAGCAGCUGGGCUACCCAGCUCUCUCCGACGGAGAGUACUGCAGACACAUGUUCUGGGGCUCGUUCUUCCCCGGCCUCGAGGGAUUCGAGGAAGUCUCAGACCCCGACCCAGAGGUGUUCCGCCCCUACGCCCCCGAUGUUGCUGCCUUCCUUGAGGCCGGCCACAAGCCCGGGGAGAGUGUCUUCUGCACCGGAAAGAUCAAGCACGUCGGCAGCACCUACGUUGACCAGUUCAAGUACCUCGCUAGCCUCGUUGCCCCCGAGGAGGUCAAGAACCUGAAGCUCACCCUCGCCGCUCCCAACUGGUACCACCUGCGUUACCGCGAGGGUUACGCUUACCCCAAGGACGUCUACAGCAACGUUGACGAGUACUUUGCCGACAUUGCCAAGGCGUACCAGGACGAGCUGAAGAUUCUGUACGAUGCCGGCUGCCGUAACGUGCAGUUCGAUGACCCCAACCUUGCCUACUUCUGCUCCGACAAGAUGCUCCAGGGCUGGAAGGAGGACUCCCUCAACACCCUCACCGCCGACGAGACCUUCGAGAAAUACAUCAAGCUCUACAACGACUGCCUCGCCACUCGCCCCUCAGACUUCCACAUCGGCGUCCACCUCUGCCGCGGCAACUUCGUCGGCAGCCGCCACUUCUCCGAGGGCGGCUACGACCGCAUCGCGACUAAGCUCUUUAAAGAGCUCGACGUCGACACCUACUACCUGGAGUACGACACCCCCCGCGCCGGCGGCUUCGAGCCCCUCAAGGAGCUCCCUCCUCAUAAGAACGUCAUCCUGGGUAUCGUGACCUCCAAGUUCCCCGAACUUGAGGACAAGGAGGAGAUGAAGAAGCGUGUCUACGAUGCGGCCAAGUUCAUUGCUGAGGGUAACGGUGUUAGCGUCGAGCAGGCGCUCAACCAGGUUGGUGUGAGCCCGCAGUGCGGAUUCGCUUCUCACCGUGAGGGUAACGCGAUUGACCGCAACGGUAUGAUUGCCAAGCUGAAGCUUGUCCGUGACAUUGCCAACGACAUCUGGCCUGGGCAGCAGUAAUGCAGUAAUUGUAGCCUAAAUAUAUUGAAGACAUGAUAUGUGAUGAUAUAGCUGUACAUAGAUUCAACUUACCCGAUGCGCUUGCGAGUUCAACAUAGCACGAGGAUACGAUUAUGAUUUAAGAAAAAGUGAUACAUUACCAGAAACUGAGACGAUAUUAUGAUAAUUAGGUAGCUGUACAAGUGCAGGGAUUAGGCAAGAUAUAUGUUGUACGUAUAUGCUGGUCAAUUUCCAUCUAUUGCAUGCUUUCCUUCUACGAGACACGAAAACAAGCCAACGACACAACAAGGAAAUCACGUAAAGGAUUAAAACGGGGUAUUGGACGAAACCCAAGGAACAGUGGGAUAUCAUAAGAAAGUGAGUAAAGGGGGGAAUGGUAGAAAGAUAAAAUCGCAAAUGCAGGACAAAUGAAAAGAAUCGAAUCCAAAGGCUGCGUCUUCUGUCAUCAAAACGGACAUUCAACAAACAAAUGGGAUGGUAUGAUUUGGAGCGGCAAGGCAAGGCGGUGUUGUUAUACAUGAGGGCUGUGUAACCCAGACUGGAGGAAAUCGUAGAUCAUUUCGGGGGUGAUUGCGAGGUCUUGACGUUGUUUGAAAGCCAAGCCUACAUGCUGUUAGAUGGGAAAUGUCGGAUUCGAGAGCGAGACUUACCAGUCCUUCGAAAAUACCAGUGCCAUCCGUAGCAACGCUAGGCGCAACAUACCAUGUCUUAUCCUUGAUCUUGUGGAGUUGGAGAGCGCUCGUGAUCUCAUCCGGGCUCAAAUCUGCAAAGGUUAGCGAGGGCAGCGUUCCUAGAAAGGAGAGUAACAUACGUCCAGGAACGUCCUGCUUGUUUGCAAACACAAGCAAAAGGGCGUCUUUCAUUUCGCGAUCGUUGAUGAUCUUGUGUAGUUCGGAGCGAGCCUCCUCCAACCGAGUGGUGUCGCUCGAGUCCACGACGAAGAUCAGUCCUUGCGUGCCUAUGAAGUGUAUACGUAUCAGCCCUCGCCAUAUCAGCUCUGGAUCGGUAGUCGUACCGGAAUAGUAGUGUCUCCAGAGGGGACGGAUCUUGUCCUGACCGCCCACGUCCCAUACGUUGAACUUCACGUUCUUAUACGUAACACUCUCGACGUUGAACCCGACGGUAGGAAUUGUGGUGACAUCUUGGUUGGUGAGUUUCAAUUUGUAGAGGAUUGCUGAACGACUGUUGGUUAGUGUUCCCAUGGCCCAAAG